CGUGGCGGCUCGUGAUAUCGCAAGGCUUGCGUAGUUUAAUGAAAGGUCGCGUGGGCGAUUCGGUCGGCGGGAGGAACUGACGGUUUCCACCUGGUUUUACUCCGGGGUCUCCGGGGCAAACCUGAGUUCACAGAAAUCCACUAUAUGCGUAUGCAGUGGAAGCAGCCAUCUACCUCAAGGUGUUUCCUGCCCAUUAAGUUAGCUCUCUCCCACGAUUAAGUUGCUGAUCGUUGCUGAUUGGUUCAGGGAGCCGUCAUAACCGGAGAGCAGAAGGAAGAGAACUUCAGGACAGGAAAUAAAUCAGAUAUCGCUUCUUUGGCUACUGUGUGCCGCAGACAUCUGCUUCCCCGGGAAACAAUCUCUCCAAAACAAUUCCACUGAUUGACAAACGAAAAGCACAAGCUGUAGCACUGAGCAAUAAUGCCCAUCCCUGGGGUAUUUAAGAAGGUGGCUGAGGGGCAGCAGUUUCAGCGAAGCGUUGGCACGGUGGACAGCCCCAAAAAGUUCCGAGGGCAAGAUUUCAGCGAUAUCCGAGAAACCUGCUUCAACCGCAGACAGCUGUUUGAGGAUGAGACCUUCCCCGCGCAUCUGUCCUCCAUCGGCCAACAGCUGCUGCCCAUGGACAAACUCCUCAGCAUCAAGUGGAAAAGACCAAACGAAAUUGACAGAGACCCUCGUUUCUUGGUGGACGGGGCUAGCAUUUUUGAUAUCGUCCAAGGCGAAAUAGGUGACUGCUGGGUCCUCGCUGCUGUUGGUGGGCUGACGCUGCACAGAAAAUUCCUGGAAAAUGUUGUUCCCAAAGAUCAAGACUUUACAUACAAAUACGCAGGAAUUUUCCAUUUUCGGUUCUGGCAGUUUGGAGAAUGGGUGGAUGUGGUGGUGGACGACCGGCUUCCAACCCUCAAUGGAAGAUACCUGUCCGUCCAGCCUCGUAGCAACAAUGAAUUCUGGCCGUCCCUGCUGGAGAAGGCAUACGCCAAACUCCGAGGAUCUUAUCAGAAUUUGCACUGGGGAUUUAUUUCGGAAGCUUUGGUCGACCUAACGGGAGGAGUGCAAAUGGAAUUUAUUUUAAGCAAGCCCCCGGUGGAUUUGCGUGACAUUGUCAUUGCGGCUGCUAGAUCCGGUUCUCUGAUGGGUUGCACAACUCCAGGGGAUCUACAAUCUGGAAAUGCGGAAUUAUUAAAUGGUCUUGUUCAAGGUCACGCAUACACAGUGACUGACGCCACGCAGGUUGAUUACAACGGAAGAACGGAAGAUCUCGUUCGCAUCUGGAACCCGUGGGGUCAGGGUGAAUGGAACGGGAACUGGAGCGAUGGAUCCCCGCAGUGGGAGGGGAUACAACCAGAAAUCCGAAAUAAAUUGAACGUUCAGAGAAAUGAUGGAGAAUUUUGGAUGUCUUGCAAAGAUUUUUUGAAGAAUUUCAACCGCGUAAGCAUCUGUAACCAUACUCCAUCUUACAUGGACUUUGACAACCCCCAGUGUGUUUGGAAAGCCUGCUCUUAUUUCAACCAGUGGGUGAAAGGGAGCACCGCCGGGGGAUCGAAAAAUGCAGAUGACAUCUGGAAGAACCCACAGUAUGUUAUUACCGUGGAGGAAACACAAGGAGGAAAACUGUGUUACAAUGUAACAGUGGCGUUAAUGCAAAGCCUAAGCAAUGAGCGCAGGUUUAGGCCCGCGUGGCUACCCAUUGGCUUCUUGUUCUGCAAGGUGACAUCCAAGGGCGUAAAGAAUGGAUCACAAAUGAAAUAUUCCCGGCAACAAGCAUUGGAAACGAUAAACUCGGGGCUGCAGAGGACACGGGAAGUCACCAGAUCUUUUAUGGCUCCACCAGGAACCUACGUUAUCAUUCCCUUCACAGAACACAAGGAGCAGGAGUCAGAGUUCCUCCUAAGGAUCUUCACAAAGACCAAAGAAAUUGCAGAAUAUAAUAACUCCAAAUCGGAGGCUAGAGAAGAAAAUAAUUUAUUGCAUCCUGUGAAUGAUACACCAUCCAAAUAUAAUUCUUCUAGAUCAGAGGGAAGGGAUAGAAGUUCGUCAUCUUAUUCCGACGAAGCUUUAUCAAAUGACUUUGGUUCCAGGCUGGAAACUCCUAAGGCUGUUCUAAAAAGAUAUCAAGAUUUCAACUAUGAAAAUAUUUUUGCUCGAUUUGCGAAUAAGAAUUCAGAAAUGUAUGCAGAACAACUCCAAAGACUUCUGAAUGAUGUCAUACUUACAGAUCAAACAUUCGUUGCCGACAAAGGAGAUUUUACCUUGGACGCCUGCCGAGGGAUUUUAAUACUGAUGGAUCUUAAUGCAAACGGAAAACUUAACCUCGAGGAGUUUGGGCGCCUGUGGAAACGUCUGAACAUGUGCAAGGAUCUUUUCCGGUCGAUGGAUGUGAACCAAGCAGGGUACAUCGAUGGGUACGGGCUAAGGAAAGCGGUUAAAGAAGCAGGACUGGUGGUCAGCGACGAUGUACUGAGUGUCAUGGUCAUGAGAUACGCAAACUCUUCAAAUCUGAUGAAUUUCUCUGACUUUGUUUGCUGCAUGAUUCGGCUGGAGACUGUGACAAGAGUGUUUAAGAAUUUAACCAAAGAUGGAAGAGGUGUCUACUUAACCGGGGAACAGUGGAUGCAGAUUAUAAUGUCCAGCUGAGAGCCGAUAUGAUUCUGCACAGCAGGGAAGACAGACAUGAAUUCCGAGGAGCCGAAGCGAUUAUGAGACGCCAAAAGACGCCAACUGGGAGACGUCCCUUGUAAAGAAACGAUUAAACAGUGUAAAUAUCCAAAAGAAAAGUUUGCUGUCGAACUCAGAAUAGCGGAAAAAAAGGGGGGGGGCGAUAUAUUUGCCAGCCAAUAGGAAGCUAGAGACCUUAAAAAAAAUCUAUUUUAUAAAAUAUCAACUGAUUUUCACCGGAAUUUAAAUCUGCGUUAAUGGCUAUUUUUUGUUAGUCUGUUACUUUGUAUAGAGUUUACCAGCUGAAAAAAGUUAAAAAAGUUAGACUGAACUUUUUUUUUAGUUUUUCUUGUCCAU